GACGCUUUUAAGACCCCGCCCGGAGGAACCCCCUCUCCAUUCUCACCAGUUUCUUUUCGUCUCUGUCUCUCUUGUUCUCUCUUCUGUGGUCCUCCGGAGAAAGAAGAAGAGAUUGGCCUCCAUUAGUCUCUUCUUCUUCUUCUUUCUUUGUUUGGAAAAACCAUCCAAAAUCAAGCCCCUCUCUCUAUCUCGGCAGUUCUUCUUCUUGUGGAUCAGACCUAUCUCAGCUCUGAAACAGGCGGACGCGAGUGAAGAUGCCGAGGGAGAACCAAGAUGUCCAAGAUAACAUCCCCAACGCUCCAGCCGCUCCGGCUCCAUCAGCCACUACCGCCACCAAAAAGCCUCUCCCUGUUGCCAAGGGCCCCGAUGGCCAGUCCGUCUUGAAGAGGCUGCAGUCAGAACUGAUGGCUCUAAUGAUGUGUGGAGAUCCAGGAAUAUCUGCUUUCCCAGAGGGAGACAACAUCUUCUGCUGGAAAGGGACCAUCACUGGGAGCAAGGACACUGUCUAUGAGGGAAUGGUCUACAAGCUCUCCCUCUCUUUCCCUACUGAUUAUCCUUUCAAGCCUCCAAAGGUCAAGCUCGAGAACGUCUGCUUCCACCCCAAUGUUGAUCUCAAUGGAGCCAUCUGCUUGGAUAUUCUUCAGGAUAAAUGGUCAUCUGCAUAUGAUGUGAGAACCAUACUGCUCUCAAUUCAAAGUCUUUUGGGAGAACCAAAUAAUGAUUCUCCUCUCAACACUCAAGCUGCAGCACUUUGGGUCAAUCAAGAAGAGUUCAGGAAAAUGGUGGAGAAGACUUACAAGCCGGCCUAGCUAGUAUGGUUCUGUGAUUCUGUAUCACAGACGACAUACAUCAUGCACCUAAGGGAAGGAGAGAGUGUUGUUGUUCUUCAAGUAUUCUGUUCUUGUUCUUUUUUUUUUUCCCAUUUUUUCAUGGAGCUCGUAUUUAUCUCAAACUGGAAAACUCCAUAUUAAUAUUUAGAGCUGGACCAUCAUUGUUGAUUCUAUAUAUUGUUCAAUUGUUAUUGUUAUAAAAUGAAAUCAUGUUUCAAUUUGGCUUUUUGGCUAGUAAUUUGAUUCCUUUCAUCAAA